AUGUAAAAUAAAUAACUUGUAAGCAGAACAGCUACAAAACGAAAUUUACUACAAUCAUAGAGUGUUCUUGAGUCAACACUUAAAUCAUCAAUAUUAUAAAAGUCCAAUUUCCAUUUACAAAUACAGUCAUAAGUAAUUUGCAACAACAAUCCAAAUAAUGAAGAGAAAUAUAUAUCUUAGAAUCCAUACUUCAAUGAUUUGAGUGUCAUUAGUCAUGAUUCUGAAAAUGACAUAUUUCGAGAUUGUCCUACCUAUAAAAAUGGCCCAAAAUCUACAGGAUCUCUUAAAUCCAGAUCAAAAAUACUUAAUUAAAUGGCAUAUAUAACUUAAAAAAUGAUCCCUGAAUUCCAAAGAGGAAUUCAAUUGAUUUCAUAAGCCGAGUAUAAAGGAUUUUUAUAAGAGGGAUAAAGUCCUUGAU